AUGCGCAAUAACAAUAUGUGGUGGCUAAUUUUGAUCGCCCUCGGGUCGGCAGCAGCACAGGAUCCGGAUUUAGCAUUCCGAUGCAGCAGAAUAUUGUCAUAUGCACUUCUCCCGAACCCGAGUGACUGUGGAGCGUUCAUAUUUUGCAACGAGGGAACACCGCUGGAGUACGAUUGCCAUCGGGAUGAGAUUUGGUCCCAGGAGGAUGCGGCAUGCGUGCUGGGCUCUCAAGAGACCUGCGAGCUGUGGCAGCCGACGUGGGAAUGUGAACGAGUAGCUGACGGGCCAAUCGCGUACCCAAGGGAAUGUGGCAGGUUUAUCAAUUGUGUCGGAGGGCGUGCUAAUGUGGUAGAGUGCCCACCGGGUCUCAUCUACCUAGCUGGUAGAUCCGGAUGUGUGGUGGGAAAUUCGGUGCGAUGCGAAUCACUUGAACAUCUUUGCGAUGAAGAAGCUGAAGAGGUUUUUGGACAUCCAGAACACUGCGGUGCGUUUAUCGAGUGUGAUGGGAACGCAGCUAGGUUGGAGUUUUGUCCAGCGGAUGAGAUUUUUAGUUUGGAUAUCAAAUUUUGCGUUCCAGGCGAUUCGAAUACGUGUGAUCCACAACCAGUUGAGAGUGUUUGUGAGGGGCGAGCAGAUGGACUUCUUGCACAUCCUACGGAUUGUGCUGCGUACGUUUUCUGCGAAAACAAUACAUCUACUGUUGAAAGAUGCCAGAAGGGAAAAAUAUUCGUGCCACGGGAUGCAAUCUGUGUGCUGGGCGUUGAAAGCAACUGUCGUUUGUUGCCGGAUGUUUGUGAUGGUUUACCGGGCGGUUACAUAAUCGAACAUCCCGAUCACUGUGAUGUAUUCAUGAAAUGCUCAGAAGAUAGGUACACCAUCGGCCAUUGUGCGCCAGGUCAAAUAUUCCGUGUGGAUAUGAAGUUCUGUGUUCCCGGCGAUGCAGUAAGCUGCACCAUUACACCGCUUGAAGAAAUGUGUCUUGAUAUGCCGUUCGGAUCAAUUUUCCCCCAUCCGGAGGACUGUUCGAAACUGGUGAGGUGUGCAAUCCAACACGCCGCGGAGAUGCCGUGUCCGCAGAAUAGUGUGGUUCAACCGGGAAGCCUCGCAUGUGUUCCAGGAAAUCCAGAGACUUGCCAACAGUUUGAUGAGUUGUGCAUUGGCAAACAUGAAGAGACGAUCGCGCUUCCAGAUCGAUGUGAUUUCGCCAUCCAUUGCCAAAAUGACCAAUCCGCUGUGGUUUUCUGCCCUCCCGGAGAAAUUUUUGAUGUCCUUCAAAAGAGAUGCUUGCCCGGAAAUGUGUACAAGUGUGAAUUACUAAAUUGUCUAGACAAAAUGGAUGGAAUGUGGGGUCAUUCGGAGCUGUGCAAUGUAUUUGUUCGGUGUGAUAGCGAACAAAUUUCCGUUCAUCCCUGUCCUCCCGAGCAUAUUUUCCAUCUACUAAUGAGAAUGUGUACCCCAGGAAAUCCAACAGACUGCGAAUACGAUCCUUUGGAACGGAUGUGUAAGAAUAGGUUCAGCGGCAGUAGAUAUCCGCACCCUACCACCGCGCAUUGUCUCGACUAUGUUGUCUGCAUCGACGGAGAGGCUGAAGUUCGGAGCUGCCCAGCGGCAACAGUCUUACGGCCCCAACAGUUGGAUUGCCUACCAGGCGAUGUCGAAACCUGCGAGUACUUCGAAGUUUUUUGCUCAGCAGACCACGAAGAGAUCCAUCCUCACCCGGCCCGAUGUGAUGUGAGAAUCGUUUGCAUCGCUGGUGAGCCACACCUGCAGUUUUGUCCCGAAGGAGAGAUCGUGGAUCCGAGCUCAAUGAAUUGCGUUCCCGGUGAUGUCAGCGAGUGUUAUUGUUUUGGUAAAAUCGAUGGGAUUUAUGUGGAUCCAACGAACUGUGCUCAGUACGUUCGUUGUGAGUCGGGCGCAAUGAUAACGAGGUCCUGUUCUGUUGGGGAAAUUUUCAAUUCGGAGAUGAAGCUGUGUGUUCCAGGUGAUACGGAAAACUGCCAACGGUUCCCGUUGGAGAACAUGUGUCAAGGCAGACCCAAUGGACGUCGGUAUCCUCACCCGGAUGACUGUAGCCAAUUCGUCCUCUGCGAUGAUGAGGAAGCCUUAGUGGAAUCAUGUGGACGAGGUUCGGUUAUCCAACCAGGCACGGGUGAUUGUGUCGUCGGCAAUACGAACUCCUGUGAGCUGUAUGUCGAUCUUUGUCAAGGGAUUCAAAUUGGAAGCGUUGCGCACCCUGAAAGCUGUGAAUUAUUUAUCACAUGUGAGGAGGACGAAUCGUUUGCUGAACACUGUGUACGCGGAGAAAUAUGGGAUGCGGUUGAAUCUGUCUGUUUCCCUGGGAACGUCCUCACUUGCGAGCUGUUGCCCUCAUGCGAAGUGGAGAACGAAGGUAUCAAGCUUCCACAUCCCAAUUUCUGUGAUGUCUUCAUUCGAUGUGAAAAGGAACACUCGGUGUUGAAUGAGUGUCCACCAGGAGAGAUAUUCAACCAAGAGAAACAAAUCUGCGCCUUUGGUGAUUCGGAAACUUGCAAACUAGUUCCAGAACCAGACAUAUGUGCAGGACGUCCAGAUUGCACUCUGAUUCCCGAUCCAGACAAUUGCAAAAUUUAUCAUCAUUGUUAUGCACAAACCUCCACAACGAUGGUUUGCAGCCCAGGUCACAUAUUCGCCUUCCUAUCUGCUGGAUGCGUUCCUGGGAACGAUGCGACCUGCGAAAGCUACAGUAAUCGUUGCAUGGGACGACCGGAUGGAAUCGUUGCAUUCCCUGAUUCCGCCAGAUGUAAUUUGUUUCUUGCCUGUUCUGGAGGUCUAACGUCCGCUCACUCUUGCCCAGGGGAGGAGAUUUUGAGUGAAGAGCAGCAGCUUUGCGUUCCUGGUAAUUUCGAAUCCUGUUCAUUCGCUGAUGAAGAUUAUCAAUUUUGUUCCGAUAUGGCGGAUGGAAGAUACGCACACCCUCUGCUGUGCUAUCUCUUCAUUACAUGCAUCGAUGGGUUUGCUGCAGUUGGAGCUUGUCAACUCAACGAAGUGUUUGAUUCUAUCCAACUGGAAUGCGUUGUAGCAGAUAGAAGUAUUUGUUAA